GACAGAUCUCGGAUUAUUGCGCUAAUGCAUUUCUUAAGGUGCGCACAAUCUACAAAAAUAAGUUAAAGGCAACAAAUACAUACAUUUAUCUUUAAUAUAAUUGCAACAUCUGUUGAUACCCAUAAUUUCCGAUGCAGUCUGGAUUUAUUGAGGCUUUCUUCUGGGUUUACGUGAUUGAUCCAUGAUGAUUUGAUCAGCCCAUUCUUCUCUACCUGAAAGUAUGAUAAAUAUAGCCACGGUUUCGAGCGCCGUCGUGAUGUCACUCAGCGGACUUUAGGUGCCCCCUCAGGAUGCCUGAGUAGAUGCGCUCGCCGCCAAUGAGCGUCUCCGGUGUGAAUGUCCUUCAUUUCUCUGGCUGCCUAGAGAACUUGCCAUCACGGAUCCCAAUUUGGAUGUGAAAAGGGGAAGAGAAGCGCCUCUCCGGUUCGCCGCUGCCCCACAAUCGCGUGACAUUCUGGAGCGUCUGAAAGCGCUUUAACUGCGCGCGACAUGGAGUGCCGAGUUCUGUCGAUCCAGAGUCACGUCGUGAGAGGAUACGUGGGAAAUAAAUCCGCGUCCUUCCCGUUACAGGUCUUGGGGUUUGAGGUGGACUCGAUCAACUCUGUUCAGUUCUCCAAUCACACAGGGUAUUCUUACUGGAAGGGACAUGUCUUGGCUGCAGAUGAGCUUCAAGUCCUGUAUGAAGGGAUCAAACUCAACAACGUCAACCACUACGACUAUGUACUUACAGGUUACAAUAGAGAUACAUCGUUUCUUGAGAUGGUGGUGGACAUUGUUCAGGAGCUGAAGAGGGCCAAUCCUAACCUUGUAUAUGUUUGUGAUCCUGUCUUAGGUGACCAUGGUUCAAUGUAUGUUCCUCAGAAUCUCCAUCCUGUGUAUAAGAAUAAAGUGGUGCCUGUGGCCGAUAUCAUCACACCCAACCAGUUUGAGGCUGAGUUGUUGACGGGGAAGAAUAUCAGCACAGAGAAAGAUGCUGUUGAGGUGAUGGACCUGCUGCAUAAGAUGGGUCCAGACACAGUGGUCAUCACCAGCUCUGAUCUGCCCCCUCGUCUCGGAGACAGAUUCCUGGUGUCUUUCGGCAGUCAGCGCAUUUUGAUGCCGGACGGUUCAAGGAAGACCCAGCGGAUCCGAAUAGAGGUGCCGAAGGUGGACGCCGUGUUCGUGGGGACCGGUGAUCUGUUUGCUGCUAUGCUGUUGGCCUGGACUCACCAUUACCCAACAGACCUGAAAACAGCAUGUGAGAAGACGUUCUCCGUCAUGCACCAUGUCAUUCAGAGGACUAUAUCUUAUGCCCAUGAGUUGGCAGGUCCUGGUAGAAGACCGAGCCCUUCCCAGCUGGAGUUACGGAUGGUCCAGAGUAAAGCUGACAUCGAGGAUCCAGCCAUAGUCAUUGAGGCCACUGUUAUAUAGAGCCGCCACACGCCACAUCUCAUCCACACAUCUCACCCUCCGCUCACAACUGCACAAUGUAUAGAUGUUGUACAUUUUGAUAUGUAAUGUGACAUUGCCUUAGAAUCUCAGCUAGAGCACAACAGUUCCAUUUGAAGAGAUCCGGCAGGGUACAGCCAAACAAGCGAGAGGGAGAGAGCCAUCGUGUAAUGAAGGGAAGAAGAGAGUGGGAGAGAUGAUCAGCCCUCUCUCAUUCACACUUUCUUUGUGCAUCUUCACCAUCUCUGUCUCUCUCUUUCUCUCAAAGCUCCUCAAGAACUCCGGUACGUCCUGCACAUAAAGCCCAGUCACUGACAUUUCCAGACCAGGUCAGUUAUAUAACUAAACUGCCAUUGAUCUAGUGAGGACCAAAAUUAAUAAUUAACAUUAAUAUAGGUGUGUCGCUUUGGACACUCUAUCAUUUUUAAGUCAGAGCAGUUCAGUAACAAACACAGAAAUUAAAACCUAGAUGGCCGACUCUCACAAAAACUGUCUGGGUCAUAUUUGAGCCCAGAAUUAAAAGAUCAAAUUAAGAUAUUUAUUGCAUAAAGAAAACUGAAGGAUAUUAUCAAAACCAUUAAGAUUAUGUGCAUAUAUAUAAAAUUUUAUUAUUAUUAUAUUAUUUUCCCCAUAAUUUUUCCCACUUCUCUGUUGCUCACUGUAAUGUGAAAAAUAUCCUUAUAUCUUAUACAUUUUAAUCAUAUAUCAUUUUA